AUGGUUUUCUCUUCUUUCUUUCUCUCGCUUCUUUUAGUCUUCUCUAUCUUCUUCUCCUCCUCGCAAACGUCCCUAGCAUUCACGGGAACAUACGGUGUAAACUACGGUCGCAUAGCCGACAAUCUCCCGUCUCCAUACGCGGUAGCAACACUCCUUAAAUCAGCAAAGAUCAAAAACACACGUAUCUACGACGCUGAUCACUCCGUCCUCACUGCGUUCCGUAACACAGGGAUCGAGAUCAUCGUUGGCUUAGGCAAUGAGUUUCUCAAAGACAUUAGCGUUGGUGAAGACCGAGCCAUGAACUGGGUUAAAGAAAACGUCGAGCCUUUCAUACGAAGUGGUACUAAAAUUAGUGGUAUCGCCGUGGGAAACGAGAUUUUAGGUGGCACCACUAUCGAGCUUUGGGAAGUUCUUUUACCCGCGGCUAAAAACGUUUACACCGCUCUUCGCCGUCUUGGACUUCACACCAUCGUCGAGGUUUCGAGUCCACAUUCGGAGGCGGUGUUUGCAAACUCGUAUCCACCGUCGUCUUGCACGUUCAGGGACGAUGUGGCACCGUUUAUGAAACCGUUGUUAGCGUUUUUCUGGCAGAUUGGGUCGCCGUUUUACAUUAACGCUUACCCAUUUCUAGCUUAUAAAUCAGAUCCGAGUCACAUUGACCUUAACUACGCUAUCUUCGAGCACACCAAUGGCAUCUACGACGACAAAACUAAGCUUCAUUACGAUAACAUGUUUGAUGCCAUGGUUGAUGCUUCUUAUGCUGCUCUCGAAAAAGCUGGCUUCCCAAAAGUCCCUGUCAUCGUUUCGGAGACAGGAUGGGCAUCAAAAGGUGACGCAGACGAAGCCGGAGCGACGGUGAAGAACGCGAGAACAUAUAACCGGAAUCUUAGGAAACGGCUCAAGAAGAGAAAAGGCACACCGUACAGACCAGACAUGGUGGUUAGAGCCUACGUGUUUGCUCUCUUCAACGAGAAUCUAAAACCGGGUCCUACUUCCGAGAGAAACUUCGGCCUUUUCAAGCCCGACGGUAGCAUUGCCUACGAUAUUGGCUUCACGGGACUCAAGUAUUCUUCUGCCACUCGGUGUCGUUUUGGCACGUCCUUGAACGCUCUUGUUUCUGCUUCUGUUGUUAUGUUUCUUCUUCUUCACCGUUUGUUGCCCUUGUCGUGAGAGUUGUUUGUUUUCUUUUCAGUUGACCAUUUCGUUUAUGGAGAUAUAUUCAAUUUAACCCCGUAAUUCUUGAUUUGUAUAUGAUUAG